GUGAAUGAGUGGCACUCAGUCAGUGCAGUGCGUUUGUGUCAGAAAAGAAGGGGGUCGCCCGGGAAUCCCUCGAAACUGUUUUUAAGGAAGAAAACCCGCCUCAAGAUGCUUAUUCCUCUUUUAGUGGAUUGAGUCAACUCGCUGCUUUAGAGCCUUUUUCAUCAUUUUUUUAAGAGGAUGCACAAGCCGGAGGGAAAAGUGACAAGGAUCAUGUCGAGAUCAUUUCACUAACUGUAUUAUUUUCCUUUACUAAUAUCACUUAAAUGGACCAUCUAGACGGAAAAUAGUUGCUCCCUUUUGCUGCAUUUCGGAGUUAAUGGACAUCAUUUUUGGGAAUGCAUGCAAAAGCGUGCAUUCUGCUAUGAAUUUCAACAGCAGAAUGUGAUAUUUUCUGCGUUCUGUUCUGUCAUAUUCCUGCAGACAUUUCCCACAAGGCGAGCUGGUGUCUGCAUUGUUGCUCCAUGCUGCUGCAAAGUGCGAGCUGAUUCUUUACCCCCCCCGUCCCCAAAAUAUGCACAACGGGCGCUGAAGUUGCACAAGAAGAGGAUUAUUUUUAAUAUUUUGUGGGGAAUUUAAUUUGCUUGGUAGAGCCAGGAGGGAAAAGUGUGCGGAGGUGCAGCCAGACUAUAUGAGGAUCGGCACACGGUUGUUGGUUCCCCCACGCAGAGAUGCCAGUGCGCGCCGUGACCACCAGGUUCAUGUACAAGGGACUGUGUACCAUCCCGGAUGUCCUCACCUACCGGACCCCUGUCAACCUGCCUGAGGAUGAGGUGGAGGAGAUCCGUGAGGCGUUCAAAGUGUUCGACCGGGAUGGGAAUGGCUUCAUCUCCAAGCAGGAGUUGGGCAUGGCCAUGCGUUCCUUGGGCUACAUGCCCAACGAGGUGGAGUUGGAGGUCAUCAUCCAAAGACUGGACAUGGACGGCGACGGUCAGGUGGGGUUUGACGAGUUUGUCACAUUGCUUGGUCCCAAACUGUCAGCAGCGGGGAUGCCGGAUAAGUUCCACGGGGCAGACUUUGACUCUGUGUUUUGGAAGUGCGACAUGCAGAAACUGACAGUAGACGAGCUGAAGAGGCUUCUCUACGACACCUUCCGGGACCACCUCACCAUGAAGGACAUCGAGAACAUCAUCAUGACUGAGGAGAGCCACCUGAACAGUCCGGAGUCCCACGUGAACAUCGACACGAGCCCAACACAACAGGAGAAACACACGUGCGUGCGUAAAAGUUUGAUCUGUGCCUUCGCCAUUGCUUUCAUCAUCAGCGUCAUGCUCAUUGCUGCCAAUCAGAUGCUCAGAAGAGGGAUGAAGUGAAUGUUCACGUUACUUAGCGAUAAACCAAAUAUUGUUUGUUUUUCUUAAUGUUUCCGACAUUUCACCAGCUUCUACAGUACAGAACAAGGAAUCACAUUACGAAAGCGAGAGACACUUCAAGGGCCGAUCAGAGUUCUAACACUGUCGCAAUUCACUGCAAUACAAAAUCAAAUCUUCUCAUGUCGUAUUAUACAUAACCAUAUGUCUUGGCUCGAAGACAGCUGAGCUUUUUAAGGUGCAGAUGCUGAUUUGUUGUUUAAAAAAAUAUAUAUAUUUUUUUUAAUUGUUAAAAAUCAACUAGACAAUAAUCAGGAUACAAGGAAAUCUGUAGUGAAAUAACACAUUAAUAAAUAAAUGUGAGCCUUUUUUCAAAAUAACUUGACUUUCCAAGUAUUAUAUCGCCCCUCCGAGGAUAAAUGGUUGAUGGUUUAUCAAUUACAUGCUAGAAUCGAAUUAAAUAUACACUAUAAAUUAAGCAAAGGAAAACUGCGCUCUUUUUGGAAUUUUGCCCAUCAUCCACAGUCUUUUUGUGAGACAUGAACACACAUCUUUUUCUUUUCUUUGUGUGUAAAGAGCGAAAAACAGCGAGCAGGGAGCCGCUAACAAUGCACCGUAAUGCUAAGCACAGCCUCCAAUGCAUAGCAUCAUCUCCCGACAGAAGAGCAGUUUCAGUGGCAGAUUACUAUCACUGCCCUGCUCAACCGAAAGACUUGAGCAGAUCAUUGCCUGUCUUGCCUUGUUUGUUUAUUAAUAACUUUGCCACGAUUUUUGGAGAGCUGCUGGAAACGGGAUUUAUUCAUGGAGAUGAAUAAAGCACUUUAUCUAUCAUAAAUCUAUCUAUAAAAACGGCAACAAUGUUCCAUUUACGUAACGUGACGUACAUAUUAAUAACCAAGCUACAGCGACAUUGUUAUCGGAGGAGCUAACCCCGAAGAACUACUUUUCGGGCGUAGUGACACAGUGUCUACUGGAGUUGCUGCUAAGCUACUGGAGUUGCUGCAUCGCCUAUGAAUUUGAAUUGAAUUUACCAGCUCAACGCGGAGCACAAGUCUUGUGCUGAAAGAUACAACCGUCCCAUCAGCAUCCCAGUGCGACCAUUUCACUGUGGUUGUAUUCUGUCAAUGAAACGUUUAGUACUAGUGCUACAUGCUACCUUGCUAUGAGAGUGUUUCACGGUAGCUGGAUCUGCCUAGCACCCAGCAACAUUAUUCUCUGCCUGGGGGGUAUAAGGGGAAAAAGUAGCUGGCGGCGGCUCGCAAAGUCUGCCAUGAUUAGCGGUAGCAAACGCUCUCUCUAUGCUGCUGCUGUUGACGGAAGUAGCGUUCGUUGCUGUGGGCUCUGUUAGGAGUUCCAAUAAUGCUUAAAAUGACCAAAAUACGGCAAAAUACUGUCAGUAGAAAGUGCCUGUUACUACAUGGUCACAGCAUGUGUAGAAGAUGGAGUUUUUAGAGGUGUUUUAAUAAAGGGCGAAUCACAUUACAUUGCAUUAUUAGCUGCCUCUUGCUAGCAGUUGUUCAAUGUUUACAACACAGAAGAGAGAGACGUGUUCUCAUAAGGAUUGUGGAUGAUGGUGUGAAUGACAGGUAGGAUGACGUUAUUCAGUAGUUUGUAAGGGAGUGACCUCUUGCUUGUCAAAUAGUGAGCCCGCAACUGCUUUUAUCUACCCCUUUCUAAAUGGUACAGCGGAACACGUUUAUGUUGACGCCCCUCGGACCGGCUGACAGAUGUUGACAUGAACAGUUGUCGACAUAGCCGAAACUGAAACCGAAAUAUGCUGUUGCGUGCACAUUUACUUGUGAGUUUAGCCAGAGGCUCUUAUGCAGAGAUGCUGUGGUCAUUUUUUGGUAUGUCUUGACUACAAAUGACAAUAAAUCUUUAGUACAGGCGCCAAUCUUUCCUCCAGUGCUUUACAACUGGGUGCAUUUUGUUAGUUGCUGUGGUAUACUGUCAUUAUUUUGAAGCUUACUUUGCACUGAACAGGAAGUCUGUGUGCAUGUUUUAUGCUGUGUAACUAGGUAGUAAUUGGUAGUUGUCUUUUUACGCUGCUUAGCGAUAAAGUUAGUUAUAACAAUACAGACGUCCCUCGCCCCUUCGCACUUCGCGGCUUCACUGUAUCACGUUAUUUAAAAAAUACAUAAAUUAAUAAAUCAUGCUCUUUUUGUGGUUGAAUACGGCUUGUUAGUAAAAAAAACAAAGCAUAUUUAAGAAAAUGUUUACAUUUAUUUGGCUAAAUUAAGCAUUUUCAAGCAUAAACAUAGCUAAAUGAACUCUAUAAGGCAUUCAUCAGAAGCAUUCAAAGACACUAAUACUGGUCACUAGGUGUCAGUAAUGUUACUGUAAUGUUCAGUGAGACACACAAGCACCUGGUACAACAGGCUUUUAUUGCAGGUUUGAAUCAUCUUACAACAGGCAGAAUAAUCCCUACUCCCGCUACUGUUGCGGCCGCAAUCCAAACUAAAACUGAAUUCUGAACCCCCAACGUCACUUCCUGUCCCUUAGCACCAGAACACAUUUACAAUUUUCUGUUAUUAUGUCUGCUCUACUGGGAAAUAUGAGUGUAAAGGCAACUAUAGGGGUGUUAUUUCAUGUCUAGAGGGCUCUAAUAAUGUUAAAAAAAAAAAAAAAACAUUUAUAAGGUCGUAAACAGGUUUUCUAUGCUGUAACUACAAAAGCAUAGUAGACGCCUGCAUGUAGAAAUAAGGAAUCUUAUUUCACGGAAAUUCACUUAUCACGGUCGGGUCUGUGGGGUCCAAUUAACUGAUAAAAGAGGGGCUACUGUACAUAAACUGUCCAAUUUUUUGUACAAAAUAGCAAAUGUCAACGUCGACUUUUUAGUAAUCAGAACACAGUGCACCAGGACUUGAUGAGUUGGUCCACAUAAACCAGGGGUCGGCAACCUUUGCUAUCGAAAGAGCCAUUUUGGCCCUUCUUAUACUAAAGAAAAAUAGUCUGGAGACGCAAACGUAACACGGGUUUUAGUCUUUUUAAAUUGUACCCCUUACAACAACAGAACACAACAAACAAAAGUGCAGUUUGCGAGGUGUUUUUGAGUCCUUCUCGUAUUAAUUUGUGUAAAACGUAGCCUACUUUAAUAGAAUUUUUAAAAAAGCAUAUACUUGCAGCUUGGCACGUUUCUUGACUGGUCUAAAAUAAAUGUUUUUUUUCUGCAAAAAGUCAUUCAUCUGUGACCAGUAUUGAUGAUAAAUUAUUUCUUUUUGGACGUAUUCAUGGUCAUUUACUCUGGUGAUUGCAUGCUCAAGAAGCCACCUGCAGGUAAUAGGCGAGGGCCGCAGACGUGCACGUGACGUAUAUCGUACUUGACUAAUUAGAAACAUUUUUAAAAAUUCAAUGUCGAACUGCAGGAUAUAAAAUUAACCAAAGUAAAAUAAUAUAUAUAGAUAGUUUAUUACAGUAACAAAUAACUUUUUUUUUUCUUUUGUCACGACCAAAAGGAGCCACAGCAAGGAGGCUGAAGAGCCGCAUGCGCGUGCGCACCCUACCUCUGAGAAUAGACAUACGGCUUGUCAACGUAAGCGGGUUCCGCUGUAUUAUCUCAUUAUUUAUUCUUUUCCUUGCUCCUUUUUUUCCAGUCAUGCAGGAAGUGGAACUGACACGAUGAGAGAUUAAACAGAAAGGCUGACCAUAAUGUGCUCGCCAAACAGCGAACAGGAUGACGUGCACUAAAAUAGUAGGAAAGACACCAUAUGUUUAACACCGUACUCUGCUAGAAAUGAAUGAGUUAUUCCUGGCGGAUCCUUCUCAAUUCCAGUGAAAAAGGAAUCAAAAGUGAGGUAAGGCUGCGCGCAAAUAAACCGAAACACAUGUGACAUCAUAUUCAGUGCCAUUUUUUCCUCAAAAUACGCCCACACUCUGCUACAAGAAGCAUAUUUACUGUGAAUAGACUCAAUAAUGACCAAGCGAACCGACGAAACUAAAUGCGUACACUUGCAUGUACAUCCCAACUUGUAAGUAAAUGUUUGUCCUGUGUGUGACUUAAUAAUAAGAGUCUGGAUGCUGAUGUCUGUAUUUAAAGAAAAUAAUAAUAAUAAUAAUAAUUAUGCAACUUAACAAGUGACCACUGCGAAGAGAAAACUUGACAUUUUUGUGUAAAAGUUGCUUUGAAUGAUCAUGGGCAUAUCACUUUGAUUGCAGUGACGCUGUGAACAAUAAUUUUACAUAUCAUUCAAAAAUAUAUAUUAUUAUUUCAAGGUGGUUAUAUUUUCUUACUUGACAAGGUGACACAUUCAAUCCAAGGCAGAUUAUUUUGUAAAAAAAAAUAAUAAUAAUAAUAAAAAACCCACAAAUAAUACAAAAUAUGUAAAAAAAAUGUCGAAAAAAUGAUAUAUAGGUCAUAUCAGGUUGCUGAUGUAUCAUUUCCAGGCAUUUCUGUGUGUAUAUAUAUAUAUAUAUAUAUAUAUAUAAAUCAUGCACUUAUAUUCUUACUUUCUUUAACAAAUAUUAUAUUUUUUCCUUAUUAUUUUUAAUCACUGGAAGAAGUAUCACUCUUGCAAUAAAACAAAUAUUUACUGUAGCUCUUUUAUCGACUGUAUUAUAUGGCAUCCCAUUACCUCCACAUGUAAACAUAUCAUGGAUGUACCGUAUUAUAAUAGUGAUUGUACCAAAGUAUUGUCUUCAUUUCAGUGUAAUUGUCUGAAAUUGUAAAAAGAAAAAAAGAAUAGGAUUCUGUCCGGUGCCUUUGCAUUAAUAGUGGUAAAAACUUUUAGACAAAAAAAUGUAGUUUGAUGCUGGAUAUCUGUUUGUAAAUGAUUAGCAAUAUAUGAUUAUGUACGUGCAUUGAAGGUGUUGUUCUAUCAUGCAUCGACUCGACACUAUCAUGUAAGUGGUGUGUGAAUGCAUGACAGCCAAUAAAAACAGGAAAUAAAAAAUGCACUGUUUGAUCAUGUGAUGUCAUCCCGACUCCAUUUUACCCCACAGGAAAUGAUGGAUAUA